CCAGUAACAGCAAUGUCCAGGGGGCUAAAGAAGACAGUCUAAGCCCUUUGAAGCAAUCUGAGCUGAAUUCUAAAGGAGAGGGAACUAGACACAAAGAAUAAUGAACUUCCAGGGACCCACAGUUUAGUCUGCAAAUACCAAGUUUCACUAGACUUCCUGGUGGUUGUUUCUCGCCUGUUCAAAAUGUCCAAAUCUUCCAAGGAGAGCUCAGGGACUUGUGAGGACUCUGGGAAACCGAGGCUGCUGACUGGCAGGAGCUGCCUAAACACCAUGGACAAGAAGUUGAACUUGCUGAAUGAAAAGGUAGAUAAACUCUUGAAUUUCCAAGAGGAUGUGGCAGGAAAACUAGAGAGUGUGUAUCGAGGCAUCGGCGACCUAGAACGGGGCAUCAGCAAGAUGGCAGCUGCUUCGAAGGCAGAUCUCCUAGGGGAAGGACUGACUCAAGCCUGUGUUCAGACGGGAUGCCCCGAGAUGCUGGAGCUGGUGAGGGCUGUGCAGCAGGACACCUCUCGACAUAGCACAAUGCUUGAGGUGCUCAGGAUGGUCACUGCGGUGGACAAAGCCAUGGCCUUGAUUGGAGUGGUCUUCCAGAAUUCUAAAGUGGUGGAUUUCAUUCUGCAAGGGAGUAAUCCCUGGAGGAAAGGGAGCCUGACUGAUGCUGAGAGUCUUGAGGAGAACAAGGAGAAGGCUGAGGAAAAGGGGGCUAAACCAAAGCAGACCCUGAGCACUCGAGGAGUGCAAGCUGAGAUCAGGAGGCCUUUGGAAGAAAGCCAAAAGGCAGAGUCUUCAGAGGGAAAGGACAAGAGGCUGCCCCUAGUGACCCUUAAAGAUCCUGGAGUUAACUCAGACCCUCUCAGAGGGGUAGGGAUCUCCCCAAGACAGAAUGAUGGAGCUUCCACCUCAGCCUCUUGCCAGAGACCUCCUGCCUGUCCUCCAUCACCCAAAGAUGCAGUAUCUGAAAACCCAGAGAAAGCCAGUGACAUCACCCUUGUGCGUCCAGAUUGCACGACGCUACUGCAAGACAAGAGUGAAAUCUCCCAGGUUCAGGUGGCACCUGGGGGAGUAGAACAAGGAGGAGACAUGCCUGGCCAGCCUGCUUCUGGGCCAUCAGAAGAGGUGGCAAAGCCAAGUCCAGGACCCAGCACUGAGGUCCCAGGAGCCUCAUCCCAGCCCAUGGGAUCUCGGGGAGGAGGGAAGCCUACAAGGUUGUCCGUCCACGUGCAGGAGACAGAUACACCAGGCGAGAUGUUGGUGAGCCCGGCAGGAGGUUGGGGUCGCUCUUCAGAGAAGGCCCUUAGACCCAAACCCUUGGCAACAUUGUCCUCUGAAGGGGGAGGAAAUUCAUGUGGGCAGGAUAUCUGGGUGCCCAUAGGCUCUUUCCAGCCCUCCAGAACUGAUCCCACUGUGAUCGGCCUUGAAGGGAAGGCUCCGGAAGCAGGACACAGUGAGCACAACCCACAAGGCAAGGAGAGGGGAACCUUUCUCCUUGGGACUAAUGACCAGAAAGCAGAGGAUAAAUCCAAGUCGGAAGGUGAGCUGGCAAUGGGGCACAGCACCACCCAGAAAGAUAGGGGAGAGGCCACUGGCAGCUCAGCUGAACAAGAGAGAAACCCAGGAAAUGGAACCCAGGAGCCUGAAAAUGUGGGAACAGCUGUAGAAGGAGAAGGCAUGGCUGCAGGAAUAAGUGUGCACUGUGAGAGGGCAGGUGGUCUGGUGUUGGAUGACAGCCCGGCCCCCCCAGCGCCUUUUGAGCACCGGAUAGUGAGUGUCAAGGAAGUACCGAUCACCACAGGCUACACUGUAUGCCAGCAUGAAGUCUUGGGAGGGGGAAGAUUUGGUCAAGUCCACAAGUGUAUUGAGAAGUCCACUGGUCUCUCUCUGGCAGCCAAGAUCAUCAAAGUAAAGAGUGCCAAGGACCGGGAGGAAGUGAAGAAUGAAAUCAACAUCAUGAACCAGCUCAGCCACGUGAAUCUGAUCCAGCUCUAUGAUGCCUUUGAGAGCAAAAACAGCUUUACUUUGGUCAUGGAAUAUGUUGAUGGUGGUGAGCUAUUUGACCGGAUCACAGAUGAGAAGUACCACCUAACAGAGCUGGAUGCCGUCCUAUUCACCAAACAGAUCUGUGAGGGCCUUCACUACCUGCACCAGCAUUACAUUCUGCACUUGGACCUGAAGCCGGAGAACAUACUAUGUGUAAAUCAGAUGGGAAACCAAAUUAAAAUCAUCGAUUUUGGGCUGGCCAGAAGGUACAAGCCCCGGGAGAAGCUGAAAGUGAACUUUGGCACCCCAGAAUUCCUGGCCCCUGAAGUGGUGAACUAUGAUUUUGUCUCCUUUCCUACCGACAUGUGGAGUGUGGGUGUCAUCACGUACAUGUUGCUCAGUGGCUUGUCUCCAUUUCUGGGGGAAACAGAUGCAGAGACAAUGAACUACAUUGUGAACUGUAGCUGGGAUUUUGAUGCUGAUGCAUUUGAAGGGCUGUCAGAAGAGGCCAAAGAUUUCAUUUCUAGGCUCCUGGUUAAAGAGAAGAGUUGUAGAAUGAGUGCUUCGCAGUGUCUGAAACACGAGUGGGUGAACAAUCUGCCAACCAAAGCCACAAAGUCUAAAGUUCGGCUCAAGUCCCAGAUACUGCUACAGAAAUACAUGGCUCAAAGAAAAUGGAAAAAACACUUCUAUGCAGUGACUGCUGCCAACAGGCUUAGGAAGUUUCCAAGUUGUCCCCAAGCCUCAUCUAUGCUGCUUUGAAAGUUCUGAAAUACUUAGAGCUAGAGAUGAAGCUAGGACAGUGAACUCUUUGUCUAGUGAUCUAGCCUUUUGCUAUUACUGUAUUUGAUUUCCUGUCUUUUAAUUUUGUCUAAGUAAUGUUAUUACUGUAACCUGUCUUAAAUGUGGAUGUGAACUUGCUAUGUAAGAAUUACCUUAAAAACUUUACCAGGUGAUAACAGUAGGCAUGCUUUAAAAUAAAAUGGGUUGGGGAGAUAUGAUCCUGUUUUAGGAGUGUGAUUAAUUUCAAUUUUUAACUUGUUCUGAGUAACAAUUAUAGUAGCAUGUGGUACAGGGGGAAGCCAUUCAGUAUUAUUCCCUACAUUAUAAAGUCGAGAUUUCUUAUUGUUUUGGAUUCUGUGGGUGGUACUGUAUUAUGAAGUUUCAGAACAGGGGUUCUUAACCUUUUUUUGGGUCAUGGCCCUCUUUGGGAGUUUGGUGAAGCCUAGAGACCCCUUCUCAGAAAAAUGCUUUUAAAUGCAAUUAAAUUACAGAGAAUGACAAAGAAAAGCAAUUAUACUGAAAGUUAACAAAAUAUUUUUUAAAAGUUUACGGACCUCAGGUUAAGAACCUGUGCUUUAGACUAUAGCAACACUCGUUUAGAAACCAUGGGAACUGGUACCAAAAAACAAAGAGAUAGACGAGAAGUGUUUUACAUAUUUUUUUUUCCAAAGGAAUGGGGUUGAUUGCUGCUCAAUUUUUAAGCCAAAUUGAGCAGUCAAAACAGCAAGAAAAAGUUCUUAUAUAGUUCUUUAUAUGCUUCAAAUUUUAUACGUGCAGAGAGAGCACAAGAGAAAGAAAUGAGAAAUACGAACAAUAAAUGACCUAAAUGGUUUUUAACUCAAUUUUUGCCUUACCAUCCUAAAUCUGAGCUCAGUAACUCUUAAGCUUUAGAGCAGUUCUCAUUUUUCUCGUCCCACAUCACAUGAACAAAUUUUAGGGGUUUUAGAUUUACUAGCAACCUGACUAGAACUUUACUAUUUUGAAUAGUUUUUCACAUAGGAAUAGUAGUAUCUAAAAUUAGGAAUGCAAAUUGAUCCCACAACGCAAAUCUAAGCCCCAUUUAAAAUAGAGAAGACUUUUUUAUGCAUUUCUUCUACAAAAGUUAAUGCCUUUUUAAAAGGUGAUGCAUUAAAGAAAAAAAAAACCAGCCCGAAACACAAAACUGAGUAUAAAUAAUGAGCAUUAAUAGAAUAAAUAUCAAGUCUUUGUCAGAAGCCAGGUAUUUCUCCUCAUUGCUGGUUUUUAUUCCUAUUCCCAAACCCAUCAGUUGUUUCCUUUUCAAGUUCAAGUAGGAAAGCAAGUAUUCUGUUGCAUGCAGAUGCUGGCACUUUUGAUCAUUGAAUGACUUUCCUUCCAAAAGGCAGGGAGGGAAUUGCUUUUUUCAGCUUGAGCAUAAGCAUUAGUAUUUUUAGGAAACUAAUUUUGUAAACUUCACUUGUAGGUUACAAGGCUAAUUAUGUAGUCAACGGGAGAGUUGAUAUUUUUGUCUUAUAAUUUUUAACCUUGUCCUGCUCAACUGCUCUCCAUUUAAAAAAAAAAAAACCUCUAAAAUUCUUUAAAAGCACUUUUAGUUACUCCAGGUUCUACACAGGCCAUGUAUUUUGCAAAACUGGAGCAUACCCAAGGGGGCCCAUGGCAUAGGAGUGCUGGGAUUAGAUGUAGAAAGAUCUCCGGGGCAUCCUUGCAUUUGUGACUUUGGGCAAGCCCCUUACCCUCUCAGUGCCCCAACACUUAAGAGUUGUGAGCUGCUCAUCUACUUUAUCAGUUGGGAGUUUCUACAUCUGGUGUAUAUGUCAAUAAAAUCACAGGUCUACAGCAAAUAAACUACACACCUACCCUGAGCAUCUAGUAAUAAAAUCGAAUUUUAAAAACUGGAUUCGGCAGUUUUUUGUUUUACUCUUUGAACACAUGUAAUUAGAAGGUAACCAAAGUAAAUUUCUAUUUGGUACCACUUCCCAGAUCUUUUCACCUUCUAUGAAGGCCAAACUCCAUAGGUUUUCUAUUGUUAAUGAGUGUUUAAGUACCAUUGCAUCUGUCAGUUUGUAUAUAUCUGAAGCUUAAGCACAAAUAAAACUUGGUUAAUUUCUUGA